UUAAGGGGGCAUCAGCGUCAACACUGCGGUCACACUGGUUAUGAGCUUGACUGCAAGAACGGAACAACCAUAAUUCACUUCCCAUCCUAUGGUGAUUUGGUAGUGAGAUCCAUCUCUUAUGAUAUCAAAAAACUCGAUCUUAUUGACCCGAAGAAUUGUGUCCAUGAAGUCUAUCUUAACCUCAAUCUCUCCCUUACUCCAUUUCAGUAUUACCAUGCUGUGAAAGAGUGCUCAUAUCUCAAUUGUUCAGUUAGGAUUUCACCUCCUUUGACAGAAGUCCCCUGCUUAAGUGGCUCUGACUAUCAUGUUUACACUGUGGAUCCUUCUUUGGCUGUCCCAGAUUCUUGCAGUGUAGUAAAAACCAUUCCUAUUCCUUUUAUGUAUAGCCCUUAUCUCAGUGACAAUAGUUUCGGUCUCGGAUUAACUUGGAGCCUACUUGGCCAUGAAGAUUGUGAGGCAAAACAAGGCCAGAGUUCAUUGCAUCCUAAAAGAGAACAACAAACCGAAUGUUUCACUAUGGCACAUGCUAAAGUUGAAGGAUAUCAAACUUUAUCAUCCACAACCACAAAACGCCAAGUUAUCGAGUGGGAUCAAGGAUGGGACUAUAUGCAGAAGGGGAUCGCGAAGCUAAAGAGGAUUGUAGAAGGAUUACCAGAACCACAGUUCAGCUCAGAAGAAUAUAUGAUGCUUUACACAACUAUCUAUACCAUGUGUAUUCAGGACCCCCCUUAUGAGUAUUCUCAGCAGCUUUACAAAAAAUAUCAAGAGACAUUUGAGGAAUACAUUACGUCUGAAAGAUUAUGUGAAAGUUGUCCUAAUCUUGUCUAACAGCUUUACA